CCACACCAUACCAGCUAAUCACAAUUAUAAUUUUCCUCUUCAACUUAAUUGCUGACGUCUUAGGCAGCCUGACUCGAGGCUGUAAUACCCAGGAUGUUUGCUGGCCUUCCCGGCAUGUGUCGUGCCAAGGGGUCCAAUGCCUCACCCUUGUAACUUGAAUGCACGACGUGGUGAUUCAGCGCGCCCUUGAAGCUUGAAGUCCUGCAGGUAUUCAUAUUAAGUUUCUGAGAAGGUUUUUCAGCUUUCAAAAUUGUCACCAAGGCUAGUGGCAGUUUCAUUUGAAAAGCACAGGUUGGCCUGCCUGCCAAUCGGCUCGAUUCCUCACCUUGACCAGCCAAGGCCAGCACGUGCAAUGUCAUAUUGUCAUCCAGGCCCGGGUGUCCGACAGUACCGUAUGCAAAUAAUUUGGCAGGAGAUUCUAGCCAUGUCCGAGAAGUCACUGAGUAUAGAGCCUCUGCAGGUCAUUGACUGCGCGUCAGAAAUUAGCCAUGUCCUGUCUUACGAUAGGCAGAAGACAGAAGAAGAAGAAGAAGUUGUUGUUGAGCCAGAAAUCCUGUAUGAAGAAGUAUCUCAGAAGCACGUAACACAUCUUGGUGAAGCACCAGAUGGGGGAUUAAGAGCAUGGCUUGUAGUUUUUCGCCUCAUUGAUUAUGUUCUCUACAUCUUCCAAGCCUAUUACGAGGAAAAUCUACUAGUCGACACUUCUCCUUCCACUAUAGCUUGGAUUGGUUCUACCCAGUAUGCGCUUCUGUGCUUUCCCUCGCUUGCGACGGGGCGAAUGUUUGACCUGGGAUAUUUCAAAAUACCGUUCUUCGCUGCUAGCUGCGUCAUCGUCGCGUGCACUUUUCUAACCGCGGAAUGCACUCAAUUCUGGCAGCUCUUCUUGACACAGGGUGUCGGCUUGGGAGCGAGCUAUGGUUUCCUAUAUGUUCCCACAGUCGUCAUCGUCUCACAAUGGUUCUCCAAGAGACGUGGCUUAGCUUUGUCACUCACUACCGUUGGAACUGCACUUGGCAGCAUCUUGUUUCCUGUAGUGGCACAAAAUUUGAUUCCAUUAAUUGGGUUUAAAUGGACAGUCCGCGUGUUUGGAUUCAUUUUGAUGGCUACCCUGGGGACAGCCAACGUAUUACUAAAACGACGGCUCCCGCCCGUCAAUGUUCGUGGGGGACUUUUCAAUCUCAAAGCAUUCCGCAACAAAGCAUUUACCAUCUAUUGCAUCUCAGGAAUUGUGAUACUUUUAGGUCUUUAUACAGAGUUAACAUAUCUCUCUGUGAGCGCCGUAGCAAUUGGCAUUUCAAGAGAUUUUUCAUUUUAUAUACUCGCGAUCGCCAAUGCGGCAUCUGCAUUACGCGUAUCAUUUGGACUGAUGUCAGAUAGAGUCGGAGCUAUCAACACCAUGGCAGUUUUGACUGCUAUAACGGGAAUUGCGACAAUCGCUUGGCCAUUCGCUGAAAAUGAAGUCCAGUUUAUUUCGAUUGCCAUCAUUUACGGAUCUUCCCUCGGAGCAUACGUAUGUCUGUACUCUGCACCUCUUGUAGCAAUGGGACAAAUAGAAGACGCGGGACGUCGAGUGGGAAUGUUCUUAUCCCUUCUUGCUUUUGGAGGCGUUGCAGGUCCUCCAAUAUCAGGCGCCAUCAGUACCACGACCGGAGGGUUCGCCGCUGCGGGUUAUUAUUCAGGUGGCAUCGUUUUAUUUGGUGUUGCAAUACUACUUGUGGCACGGUAUCUCCAUCUCGGACGGCUAUGGGGCAAGUUUUGAAUGAUCAUUCAGUGAGGUGAAUAUAGCAUUGUCAAUAUGACCUAGAAUGGUAUAAAAGAGAGAAUGGUUUAUGUGGUGCCGGACACUAUCAACGUUCUGCGCCACAUUGAUAGCAAACUCGUGUAGUAAUUUGUUGACUAUGGAAGUCGGGUCACUAUAGAGCUUUUUAGUUUUAUUUCACCUUUUACCUAUCUGAUCAGUUGACGAAAUGAAAACUAGAGAUGUAGAACAUUGACUAGCACUUCGCGUUU